CUUACAACUCAACAACCUUAUCUGGUUAAUCCCAUAAAGCAACAGCAAGAAACAAACUCCGAAUUAGAACAGAACUAGAACAAGAAGAAAAAGAUUGGAAGACAUGUCUGCUCCCACUUCUUUGGCUACAAAUGUUUUUGGGUUCGGAAGCUACACCACUAUGCUUCAGAAGGUGGAGUCAGUUACCACUUCUUCAAUGCCUGUUCCACCCCCAAAGUCACUUCUAAUUGCCACACCUUCUGAAGCAGGAGAAUUCCCAUUACUCAUUUUCCUCCAUGGUUACCUUCUUUACAACUCUUUCUACUCUCAGCUUCUCCAGCAUGUUGCUUCCCAUGGCUUCAUUGUUAUUGCUCCUCAGUUGUACAUCGUGGCUGGACCAGAUACAACAGAUGAGAUUAAGUCAACAGCUGCAAUCACCAAUUGGUUAUCCAAAGGGGUACUCCAAGGGUUGCUUCCACCAUAUGUUCGGCCAAACUUAAGCAAGCUUGCACUUGCCGGCCACAGUCGAGGAGGCAAAGUUGCUUUCGCCCUAGCUCUGCAGAAAACAAUGACUAAAUUAAAGUUUUCAACCUUAAUAGGCAUAGACCCAGUCGAUGGAAUGGACAAAGGGAAACAAACGCCACCUCCGGUACUCACCUACAUUCCUCAUUCAUUCGAUCUUGAUAUGGCAGUGAUGGUAAUCGGUUCGGGUCUUGGUGAAGUGAAAAGAAAUCCUUUGUUCCCUCCUUGCGCUCCCAAGGGAGUUAACCAUGAAGAUUUCUUCAAAGAAUGUCGAAAACCGGCUUGUCAUAUUGUUGCCAAGGACUAUGGUCAUCUUGACAUGUUGGAUGAUGAGACUAACGGGUUCAGAGGACGUUCAUCAUAUUGUUUGUGCAAAAAUGGGGAGGCUAGGGAGCCCAUGAGGAGGUUUGUUGGAGGAGUUGUUGUUGCCUCCAUGAAAGCUUAUCUUAAUGGAGAUAACACAGACUUGAUUGCUAUAAAAGAUGGGCAUGAAGCUGCACCGGUGGAGCUUAAAACGAUUGAAUUUCUUGUUUAAAGAUUAUAUAGAUAGAUAGAUACACGCAAGUAUAUAUGAAGCUUCAGGAUUUAAACAUUCUAGAAAGCUUAUCAAGAUUUAAACGAGGUGUGCCAACAUGAUUUUUAUCUUCCAUGUAUGCUACUUACCCUUUGAUGACAACCAACAUAUGGUCAAAAACUCAAUCUUUUCUUUCUAA